GUUUAUAACCUGUUAUGAAGGAGUAACUAAAGAUUAUUUAUUUAUUUACAGAGGAAAGUGUCACGUUCUUUGUUAAUUUUCUUGUGUAGUGAAACAUUUCAGUGGAAAUCUGUGCUUUCGCGCAGUUGGUUGGCAACUUUUCUCCGUCAUUUUACUGUGUCACAUUGUGCGAUGUGGUUUGAGUCGACUCACAAAUAAGUAACAUUCGAGUUAUGUUUACAUAUUACAGUUAUGACACUCGCAUUUCAAAUUAGCGUCUCUUUGCCACUUUAAGUGAUGCAAUAUUAAGUGAAAUACUGCAAUGCGUCGAUUAGCAUCUGUUUUUACGGGGCAAUAACUCUGCUAAUUUGGAGUACAUAUUGUUUUGUAAGCAGAAGUGCAACCUCUAAUUUGUUUGAUUUACACGCUGAAGAAGCUUGGGCUACUUAACUGCAGACACAUUUGUUUCGGAUGCGAGUAUUAUUUUUAUUACAUUUAUGUUUAUUUUUCAUUUUGAUGCGUCAGGAUUUGAGUUCGACACUUCAAAUGCCCGAUUCGCGUGUUUAAGUAGUGGUUAAUGGAAAUGUCUGGUUCAUCUGGUAGCGGGUCUUCCACCUCAGACUCAGAGGCGAACAGGGCAACGCUGCAAGCCGAUGUGUAUAUACCGUUAGCUAAUGGAAAACGUGAGCGGCAGUCAGAAUCACCAGACAAUUCCGAAUCACCAGCAGCGGGAGAAAUGGACCCAUGUUUACCUGUCAACAAUAAAUUACAACAGUCCCCCGAUGAAAUAGACAGUGCACCAGUCAAAGUGAAAUCAAAUUUAAAGUCUUCUUCAACUAACAGUCUGAGUAAGAACAGGAAAGUUAAAGAUUCCGAAGAUGCAGGAAAACCGUCUCAGUUUAUUUCAGAAUUGGAACAGAAAUUACGACAAAAAACUGGUUUGUCUCGAAUCGGUCUGAUUGUUGCCUGUGCCGUGAUUGUGUUGUUGCUGGUGUUUCUCAUUGUUAUCAUCACCCUGGCUUCAACUUGGCCCCGAACACCGCACAGUCAUCUCUUCCCCGUGUGUACCAGGGCGGCGUGUCUGCAGGCCUCAGCACAGAUGUUACCCAAGAUGAAUGGAAGUGCAGCGCCAUGUGAGGAUUUCUGGAACUAUGCUUGUGGCGGUUGGCUCAAGGACCACGCGUUGCCACCCGCGGCGCGUAGUAAAUGGAGUCAGGUCGAGGAGAUGGCCUUCAGGAAUCGAGAGGCUAUCCGGGCUCUGGUCGCAACGCUGCCACAUCAAACGCGGGACAGUUCAAUUGAAUGGAAGAUGACACGACUGUACGAGUCAUGCAUGGCUCUCGACACCAUCGAAUCUGACAAGUACACACCCCUGCGCAAGAUCAUUAACCAGAUGGGGGGUUGGAAUGUCCUACGUGAAUUCUCAAUUCACUCGUGGGAUUAUCGACAAGCACUUCAACAUUUACAUGCUCUGUAUGGCGUAUCUCCAUUCUUUAAGGUCGUGGUGGUACCUGACCCUAGGGAUCAUUUAAGAUCAAUCAUACAGGUUAGCCCAGCUGGACUAGGACUUCCAGACCGCAGUUAUUACUAUAGGCCAUCUGAUAGUACGUUUCCAGGCUCAGCGGGCAAGCCCCCUCAAAAGGGUUCGGCCCCAUCCCGUCGAGUUUGUCUCGAUCUAUCCAAUGUCUCAUCCGUCCAAGCCCUGUUCAGGCUGAUAGCUGACAGAAAUGCUGUAACAGCUUACAAGCGCCACCUGCGAGAUUCCGUCAAUUACCUUGGUGCUACCAGUACAGCUGCAGAUCGCUUUAGCGAUGAAACCUUUCAUUUUGAGAAGCGUAUUGCAGAGAUAACUCCGCCUUCUGUGGACUUGCAAGAUCCGACGCAGGCGACGAUUGUAACCGUGGAGAAACUCAAGAUACUGGCGCCUUCUAUUCCCUUCCAUGAUAUCCUGCUCGCUAUGUUUCCUAAAGCAAAUAUUGGGGACAAAACAGAGGUACUUAUGCCGUCAGAGAAUUACAUCACGAAAGUAUCAUCUAUCCUGUCUACCACUGACAGAGGGUCAUUGAACAACUAUAUGAUGUGGGUCCUUGCUUUGCAUUACCUGCCAUAUCUGUCACAGGAAUUCAGGGAUACCGUCAAUUACUUUACGAAAGAAAUGACAGGAGCAAACGAACCACUGCAGCGUUGGGAAAUGUGCAUAGAAACACUUCAGAGGUUCAUGGGAUUUGGUCUAGCAGCACUGCAGCACGAAGCCAUGAAUGAGGCUGACGUAAAUGCCGCCACGAACGUGGUGAGUGAAAUGUUUGACUUGACUCGUAACCAAGUGAGGAAGAGAGUAGAGCAAGCCGAGUGGCUUCAGUCUGAACUCCGAGCUUUCAAACUGGAGAAGAUAGAUACACUGGAACUACAAGUUGGAUUUCCGCCAAAUCUCUUGACCAAAGAAUACAGGGAGCGCUAUUAUUCAAAACUGUUUGUGCAGAAGAAUGAUUUCUUCCAAAAUAUUCAAUAUGGUGUGGAGUUCUUGCGAGAAAUCCAGCAAGAACGGCUAGCCUCUCCUUCUGAAGAGCAUAGGUGGAUAGACGCUUUAUCUUCCAGCAGCAGCCUGACGUAUGUGGCACCAGCCAACAAAGUGGUUGCACCCCUCCAUGUCUUGGUGACGCCAGCCUUCCAUCCACAAUAUCCCUUAUCUGUUCUGUACGGCGGUGUGGGCGUUCAAUUAGCGUCUGCCUUUGUGUCAGCCGUCCUUCCGUGGGAUGUUCUUUAUGGAGCUGAUGGGAAGAUCCUUCCGUCAGAUCACGUGAUAGUAAACCAGUCAGCCCUUGAAGUACAGGGUCCCAUAAAGUUCCUAAUACAAGAUUUAAUUAAGUUGAGCCACGUUUCAGAGUCAGUGGCUAACAGAACAGCUCUGGCAGCCAUGAAGCAAAUAGCUGCGAUCAGGCAAGCGCACUUGGCAAUGGUAGCAGCUUUAUCCGAGCUGCCUCAUACCCACCAGCCAGCGAUGGAGAUGUUUGAAAGCGAUGCUAUAUUUUUCAUCACGCAAACUCAGAUGCUGUGUUCUGUGUCUACGGUACAGCAGGAUGAUACUGAUGAAACCAUAAGCUUCAACCUGAAAGGAUCUUUAUUAUUGAAGACAGUCCUUAAGCAGUUGAAGUCAUUUACAGAAGCUUUUUCCUGCCCGUCUAGUUCAGCAUAUUAUUCGUCAAAUAUUUGUAAGGAAAUACUUUAAAGAAAACAUUCAGAAUGUUCUGCACAUAAUCAGGUCCUGUUUCUCUCAAAGUGACAGGCAACUUAUUAAUACACUUUUUAUUUUUUCAUGCAAGUAAGAUUUUAAUUUUUAAUAUUUUUGUAAAUAAUAAAAAAGUGAUAAAACAUAGAUAAUGUUACAUUGGUUGUAAAUUGAUGCUUUCUUUCAUGUUAGGGUUGAAAGCUGUGAAGUCAUUGAAAUUUUGGUGUUGAAACAAAAACUGGAGUUUAUUCAGUGUAUGAAACACUUUAUUGGCAAAUUGAAAACAAUUCUUGAAGUGUAAUUACACGUGCACUGUGAAGAUUGUAUGUGGAUCAGAUAAGAGAGUAGUAAGGUACAUGGCAAUGCAAAAACACAUUCACGGUCCAGUGCUUUGACAUUUGUUCUAUAGAGAAUAGAUAGAGUAAAUUAAUUUUGUGCUUCAGGGAUGCCAGGUGAUCUAUCCCUCCUAGGUUAAUGGUUUUACUUUAUGCUACCAGAUGGACUGCAUGUAAGCCAUGACAUGUGGCUAAUAGAGGUUAUGUGCCAGUUUUAAAUGUGUUGGUCAAGUAGCCUUGUCUGAUCAGACUGACACAGAUGUUCUAUUUUCAAGAAAUAAAGAUAUUUAUAUUUUUAAAAUCUGGUACUAUGAAGAUUCUGUGUUAAUUUAAUGAUAUCUAUUGUAGGCAAGACAAAAUGUUUAUACAAUGAAGGUAUGUUGCCAGCUGUCAUUUGUGCUUUAGGAGUGCAGUCAGUUGGACAGUAAUUGCUUUUAUUGGCAGUGAAUGUGUGUUACUGCAAACUGUCCAUUAGAUUUCUUCCUGGAAGAGUCAAUACAUUAUUGGCUGAUGAUGGCAGUAGUAAAUCGUGUCUGAACUGUGCGAUAAAGUCCACAUUUAACUGCCUUCUCUUUGUGAUUCUACCUAAUUGUUUAGGUAUUUUUUAUCAAUUUGUACAUAUAUCUUUCAUUUACUAAUCUAAUAUAAAAUUUGUAUUCAUGUAAAUAGGAAAUAUAUAUAUUGCUUAAAA